UUCUAUCAUUGUUUCCAGAGCUCUAAAUAUCUUUGCCGUCUCUCUGCUGACCUCGUGUCUCUCCCCGUCCCCGCUGAUGAGAAUCAGCUUCCCACCCCCAGUCACCUUUGCAGGAGACGCCAUCUUGAAUGAGUAUACAGAGCUGGGCGGAGACUGUACGGAGUUUUACGGAGAAAGCAUGGCGGGGAGAGGAGAGCAAGAAGAACUUGCCAAGGCUCAAUUCCUCUCUUUGAAGCCGCCAUGCGUCUCACUAAUGAGAGAGAAGACACUAAAAACUGUCCUUUCUCUAGAGGACGUGCUAAAAUCACUCUCUCCCCUCUCUCCUUCUCUUUUAGAAUAUGUACUCUUUCCGUUACAAAUGACACUGCAACAAUCAAUAGGGAGUGAUACUCAUCUGGCUGAAGCCGUAUUGAAGUGCAUUACGUUUCUUUUUAAAUCGAGUCGAGUCACGUCAGAUAAACCUUUUUUCGAGUUGCUAUCAAUUUUUCUCAUCAUGAUCGACAAAGAUGAGAAAUCCCCUGCAGAACCACGCCUAUCGCAAUAUAAAGGAGCUGCCUUUACUUCGGACGAAAUUUUUGAGAGACUCUUAGAAACUUUACAACAUCUAUUCAUCAGGUCCGACCCGAGUGUGUUGGAAUCCUUUUAUUCUAACGUGCUCAUAGUUGGAAAGAGUGUUUCGCUGAUCGUUGAGACGUUAAAAGAUUCAAAGUCAAUGAGUAGACAGUGUUUAUUAAGAGCAGUUCAUUGUCUUGUUGGAGUCACUCAUGUUGAUAGUGAAGGAUGGAUGGAAAGCAUAGUUAGUGAUUUUCCCAAGUUCUGUUCUGCUACUCUUGGAGUUGGUAAGGGAGAGAAGAUCUUAUCAUCUUUUCUUCCUGGAGUAUGUCUGACUUUAAGUGAACUCAUCACAUCUGACAAUCGUAUUGGACAAUCUGUCAUUUCAUUAGGUCUACUGGCAUUAACUCACUUUAUUGUGUUGAUAUUGAAUGAGAGCCAAUGGGAGAAAAGAGAACUUGGAAAUGAUGAGAAAAACGUCAGAGAUAAAGGGCAAUUAUUAGUCAGGCAGGAUGAAGACUGGUGGAAAAUGGCUGAUAAUAAAAUGCAAAAGCUCCUCUCCUCUCUCCUCCUCUCCCUCUCUCGUCACGACAGCUGGAAAGUGAGACUUGCUUUGACCGCCUCCGCAACAAAAUUAUUAACGUCAUGCCAAAAAUCUCUUCCAGGUUGCUGUGGUCCUGUCAUUGAACUAUUGGUUACUCUGUCACUCGAUACUCAACCAACAGUAGCUGAUAAUGCUAAUACAACAAUGGAUUUUUUGUCGGCAUCAAUGAAGUACCCUGGGACCUUAACUUCAAUAAUGGAGGAGAAACUCUAUGACUUAUCAUCAACACUACCAAGACUAAUGAGAGACUCAAGUGAAGAGAAGAAGCUUAUUUCUCUCAAGCUGUUGCAAGGUUAUCUUAAGUUCCUCAAGUCACAGGUGAGUCAUGUGACCUGCUCCUCGGCUCACAUGACCAGACUACUUCAAGCACUAGCACAAUCCAUUCAGUUGGAUACUUCAAGGCCUUUAUUAAUGGAGUCAAAGAGAGGGGGUGUGGUCAUUAAUCAAGAUGAGUACGAUUGGACUCCGCCCCUUUCCUUCUCUCAUUUAAGAGAUUCAGAAACUAUAAAAUCAAUACAAGAGUCUUGUCGCCUUCUUGGUCGCCAUGGCAACACGUCGGUCGUCAUGGAUACGCUCGUGCAUACGAUUACAGGCUCGGAAUCAAAUCGUUCGGAAUAUUUACUGAUCCUUCAUUGGUUGAUGAAGGGGGUGGGGCCUCACGCCUCGUUAAACCUUUUAAUUAAUGGAUUGAUUGAUGUGUGGGAGGAGAUAAGAGGAGAUGGACUCUCAUUAAACAUAUCAUCAACUUUAGUCUAUCAGAUCUGCUUCAUUAAUUUAUUAAUAGGAGACGUGGCUGUAAUUCAAGGUGUUGAUUUUGUUGUUCAUUUACAGCACACGUUGGGUAUUGUGAUGGCUAACAUUAGUAGUUCCAAUGCUGUCGUAUCAAGGACCAGUGUGGGCGUGGCAACUCAGAUAGCAGUUUCUACCGGACACAAUGACCUACAAGGAUUGAUAACUGGUUGUGCUGAUUAUCUUGUGAAUGAGGUCCAUCAUCAGUUGCUCUAUUAUCCAUCAAAGACCAUCAGCUGUUACAUACUAAGAGCCAUCAUUGAACACUGUGAUUAUGAGUUACUGUCUCUUCUAAAAGACUGCAAGGACACUCUCAUUCUCUCCCUCCAUCAAUCUCCUCUCGACGGCUGGUCUGUCCUCCACUCUCUCUCCAAAAGACUCCCAGACUGGGUUGCCAUGGAAACAAAAGUAGAAGUUGGCGAAAAGAAGCAGGUGGAGAAGGAGGUACAGGUUGAAGAUGAGGAUGAUUCUAAAGAUGAGAGAGUCACUUUGGAAGAUAUUUCGAAUUAUUUCAUGAACUACCACAAGAAGAAGAGAGAGGAAGAGGAGGAGGAGAAAGAAAUAGAAGAAAAUGAUGAUGAAGAAGAAGGAGACAUUAAAACUAGUAACCUUUACUAA